GACUGACGCACACACACACACACACACACACGACCAGCAGCCAGUGGAGCUGUUGCACCGCUGCUCUCAGCUCGGACUGUUCCUCUCAUUCACAGUUUUAAUUCUCUUGUUAUUUCUUUUCCAACGGAUUACACAUAUCUUUUUUUUUAAUAUUUAUUUUUACAAUCGUCAUCGGAGGAUCGAUCCAACAGUUGAUCUUUUUUCCAGAGCUUGUUUGUCAACUCACACUGUGGCACAAACAUGACGGAGGUGGCACAGGUGGCAGCAGUUGCUGUCCAGGACAUUGACAGUGUCACAGACGACAAUGAACAGUCCAUGAGUAACACAGAAAACAGGGAGGACGAUGCCACACUGGAGGAGGAAGUGGAACAUGACGAAGAAGAAGACGAGACUGAGGAGAUGAGUGAUACGACGUCACAGGACAAGGACAAAUAUGGCUGCCACAACACUGAUGCUGCAUCUAAUGAGACCAAGAAGCCACACAUAAAUGGUGUGGAGCACAAAGAAAAAGACGCAGCUAAGACAGAAAGUUCAGAAGCAUUUAAUGGUCAGGAAAAUGAAAAACAUGGGGAGGAAGAUCAAGAAGAAUCAAAUGAAAUAAAUGACCAGAAUAUAUCUGACCUGGCACUGAAAAAAGAGAAACUUUUACGAUCCAGAAAACAUGUAGCCAGGAGCUACGUGCCCAAGCUGAACAAAGAAAAAGGCGAUGUGGGGAACAAGUUUGAGAUCAUGCAGAAGGCUAGGGAGGAGCGCAGUCGGCAGAGGAACAAGGACGAGCAGCAGAAGAGGAAAGAGCAGUAUAUCAAGGAGAGGGAGUGGAAUCGCAGGAAGCAGCAGAUUAAAGAACUACUCGCCUCCAGUGAUGAAGAAGAAGAGGUGAAACCAACAAAGGUGGAAAAAUCCUACGUCCCCAAAAUUACAGGUAGUGUAAAGGGGAAGUUUGCAGAAAUGGAAAAACAAAGGCAGGAAGGAGAAAGGAAGAGGAUGGAAGGAGAGAGGAAGAAAAGAGAAGCACAAGACAACAUGGAAAAAGCCAAGAUUAAGAAAGAACUGGCUCAGAAAGCAGCACAGGAUGGAGACGAGUCGAUCCUUGUACGUGUGGUUCCAACUAAGUCAUCACGAACUCCAGGCAAAAUCAAGAUGAACUUUGAAGACAUUGAGAAGAAUCGUGAGGAAGAAAUAAGAAAGGCGGCAGAAGAGGAGAAAAAGCAGCGGUACAAUGAAAACAAACGCUCCUUCCGAGAAGCCAAACGGCACUCCGUUGUACAUCAGGACGAGGAGGAGAAGCCCUCAGAGAAGGUGCUGGUGACUCCUGGAAAGUUGAAGAUGACGUUUGAGGAGGCAGAGAAGGAGAGGCAGGAGCAGAGGAAGAAACUGGCAGAGGAGGAGGCCAAACGAAGACUGAAAGAGGAGAAAAAAGCCUUUGAGGAGGCCAGGCUAGAAAUGGGAGAAGAAGAAGAGGACGACACUCAGACAUCUCAAGAAGACAAGGAGGAAGUCCGACCUGGAAAACUGAGGCUUAGCUUUGAAGAGCUGGAGAGGCAAAGAGUUGAAGGAGUGCGCAAAAAAGCAGAGGAAGAGGCUAAGAGACGGAUGGAGGAGGAGAGGAGAGCCUUCGCCAAAGCCAGGAAGAGCAUGCUGGUAGAUGAGGACGACGAGGUGCUGAUGGCCUUGUUGAACCUGGAGGGCAGUGAACCCGGGAAGAUAUGUGCCAGUUUUGAGGAGCUGGAACGGCAGAGAAGAGAGGAAGAGCAGAAGAAAGCAGAGGAGGAGGCCAAGAAGAGACUGGAAGAGGAGAAGAGACUCUUUGCGGAGGCUCGUAAGAGUAUGAGCCCUGGCCUGGAUCAGGAAGGGUCUGCCUAUGGAGAUGAAACAGUAGAUGAGGAGGACGAGGGAAUGGUUAGGAGCGAGUCUCAGGAAGCGUUGCACCCCAGGAAACUGGAAAUCAACUUUGAGGAGCUGCUGAAAGAGAAACAGGAAGCUGAGAGACAACGUAAGGCUGAGGAACGCAAGAAGAAACUGGAGAAAGAGAAGCAGGAAUUUGAACAACUAAGACAAGAGAUGGGUGAGGAGGAAAUAAAUGAAAGCUCUGAUCUUGUGAGCACGGAGUAUGAAGAGCUUACCAAGCUCAAGAGAACUGGCUCCAUCCAGGCCAAAAACCUCAAGACCAAGUUUGAGAAGAUUAAGCAGCUGACGGAAGAAGAAAUUCAGAAAAAGAUAGAGAUGGAAAGAGCCAGACGGAAAGCCAUUGAUGAUGAAAUUAAAGAGAGAGAGGCUGAGAGGUUCCUGGAGGAGGAUGAAGAAGGAGGAGCCACUGCAGUUAAGGUUGAGGAGUCACCAUUCAAACAGAAGGUAGACAUGAAGGCUCGGUUUGAGCAGAUGGCCAAAGCCAGAGAAGAGGAGGAAAGGAGGAGAAUAGAGGAGCAGAAACUACAGAGGAUGCAAUUUGAGCAGCAGGAAAUUGAUGCAGCACUCCAGAAAAAGGAGGAUGACGGGGAUGAUGAGAGCAGCAUCAUCAACGGCUCAGCGGCCUAUGAAGAUGAGGAAGAUCAUGCCAGGUCUGGGGCUCCGUGGUUCAAAAAGCCACUUAAGAAUCAGUCGGUGGUGGACUCGGAGCCGGUGCGCUUCACUGUUAAAAUAACCGGGGAGCCAAAGCCUGAGGUGACCUGGUGGUUUGAGGGAGAGAUGCUCCAGGAUUGUGAGGACUAUCAGUACAUAGAGAGAGGAGAGACAUACUGUCUCUACCUGCCUGAGACCUUCCCUGAGGAUGAGGGAGAGUACAUGUGCAAGGCUGUGAACAGCAGAGGCACAGCAGCCAGUACCUGCAUCCUCACAAUAGAGAGUAAGGCCACCAUGGUUUGACUGCAUGCCUGCACGCUUUCAGCAUCUCUCUGUGAAGUGGAUCGCAUGUUCCUCUUCCCUGUGAACUUUGGCUGAGCAGUGGAUUGUGGGUAACGCCUCAUCUUUUUAUCCUUUUGCAGCUUACGACUACUGAUGUCCUUCCUCCUUCUGGAAACUUUCCCUGUUGUCUCUCAGUCCAUUUGUAAAACGUUGUCCCUCGUGGUCAUGGUAAGGUCAAACAGCAGAGGGAAGAGAAUAGCAGUAUGCUUUGCAUUCCUAAGGGAGGGACACACAAAUACACACUCACACAGCAACACACACACACACACAUAGCAAGAUGAUGUUUACUUGUUACCCAUUCAUGAACCUACGCUCCAUGUUGAAGUAGGAUGAUGAUACUUUUGCCAAAAUUGUUUUUAGAAUAUUUGCACCCAUGCCAACGGUUCCUCAAAGAUUCAGAAGUACUGUGUGCUGUAAAUAUCCAACUGUACAACCCUAUUCAUCACUUACUUUACUGUUGAUGCAGUGAAUAAACCCCAGUGCUUCUCUCUGCAGAUAUUAAAGAGC